AUCUUCCAUGGCCCAAUUUUAAAAUAUGCAAAACUGAUCUAGACCAAUUCUGAAUAGUGUGUUUUAAAACGACGCAUGUAUGUCGGUAAUUAUAAUUUACGGCGAUUAAAAUCCUUAAUCCGUUUUUUAUAAUGGAAUUAGCCAAUCUAUUUAGUUUCAGCUAAUAUACCAUCGGAUUAAAUGUAUGAUUUUGGAAACAGUUCCACAAUAAGCGGUCAUGAGGUAAUGACUGCUAAAACAGGAAAACGCGAUUGUUGUGUUUAAAAUGAAAAGGAUGGGAUAAAAUAAUUGAACCCGUGGAGGUAUUUUUUUAUUUUACUAUGGCUAAGUCUGACAAAGGUGCAGACAAUGAAAAUGUGACAGACGACACAGAACCGGUUCCUGACACGAAAUCAUCGACAGAGAAACGCAGAAAGGAUAUUUUGUAUGGGAAAGGAGAAUACCGCAUCCUCGGCAAGAAAGGUGAAGGCACCUUUUCGGAGGUGCUAAAAUGCCAAAACAUAAAAGACGGCUCAUAUUGGGCCUGCAAAAAGAUGAAACAGACGUAUGACAGCUUGGAGCAGGUGAACAACCUGCGUGAGAUCCAGGCGAUGAGGCGACUGGCAAACCAUGGCAACAUACUGGAGCUGGAAGAGGUCAUCUUUGACAAGAAAAGUGGAACUCUAGUCCUUAUUUGUGAAUUGAUGGAUAUGAACAUAUAUGAACUCAUACGAGGAAAGCGGCAUUAUUUACCAGAAAGAAAGGUUAAAAAUUACAUGUAUCAACUGUGUAAAUCAGUUGAACAUAUGCAUAGAAAUGGCAUCUUCCAUCGAGAUGUUAAACCUGAAAAUAUUUUAAUUCGAGAAGAUUUGUUAAAGUUAGCAGACUUUGGUUCAUGUCGGAGUAUAUACUCCAAGCAGCCGUACACUGAGUAUAUUUCCACGAGGUGGUAUAGGGCCCCUGAGUGCUUACUAACGGAUGGGUAUUACACAUAUAAAAUGGACAUGUGGAGCGUUGGAUGUGUGUUCUUUGAAAUUAUCAGCCUACACCCGUUGUUCCCGGGCUCCAAUGAGGUGGACCAGAUUGCUAAAAUCCAUGACAUUAUGGGCACUCCAGAACCAAAUAUUCUUAACAAGUUAAAAAAGUCUAGAGGUAUGAACUUCAACUUUCCGCCAAAGAAAGGUUCUGGCAUCGAACGUUUGCUACCUCAUGCUUCGACAGAUGCUAUCGACCUUAUUUACAAGCUGUGUACCUACGACCCUGAUGAUCGUAUGACGGCUAAGCAGGCAUUGCGGCAUCCUUACUUCAAAGAACUAAGAGAUAAUGACAAACGUCAGGCCUUACUCACAAAACCCAAGAUCACUCUGGAAAAAAAAGAAGAGUCAUCUCCAACGCCAACGAAAACAGAAGAAGAACUGCCAUCACCAAAACUGGAAAAACCAGUCGAUAAAAAGAAAGAAGCCGAAGUGCACAUAAUAGCCAGUUUACCAAAGCCCCAGUCUUUACCCGCUCACCAACUCUUUAAAGACAAGAGAAAGGUAUAUCAGCGACGCAGACGACUCGGCGAAAACCCGCCGACAUACAACUCCACCUCAUCGAGUUUCUUCCCGAAGGUUCCGAUCCAUGCCAGCACCAUCAACCCCUCGUAUCACUCGUCAUCCUUCCCCACCACUUUCUCCACCCACAAUGCAACUGGGCAGCUCUCGCUUCUCCCCUCCAUCAACUCCACCUACAAGACUCACAAGAAUCCUACCACAAAAACAAAGAAUAUGUUCGGCCAUUAUCAACUUCCACAGUUGGGCAGACGGGAGUUUUGACACUUGAUGACUUUCUAGGAAAAAUAUUGUUUGAAUACUCUGCAUCAUCAUGUUAUAUGCACUGUACUAUUGUGAAGUAUUUCAUAUGAAUAAAGCAACAAAUGUUUUAAUCUGUACCGAUUUUGGGGCGGACAUAAAGAAUAAGAGCCUUGUCUGAGAAAACAGGGUUUAAUGCAUGUGCGUAGAGUGUCAUCCCAGAUUAGCCUGUGCAGUCUGCCUAAACUGGACUUUGGAUAUAAGCGACUUUCUUUAACCCUUUGCAUGCUGGGAAAUUUGUCGUCUGCUAAAAUGUUGUCUGCUAGAUUUCUAAAAUUAGCAUUUUCUUCAAUUUUUUUUCAAAGAAUACUAUCAGAAUAGCAAACAGUUUGGAUCCUGAUGAGACGCCACGUUCUGUGGUGUCUCAUCUGGAUCCAAACUGUUUGCACAGGCCUUCAAAAUUCGGUUCCCGCACUGAAAGGGUCAAACUAAAAUACUGUAAAAGCAGAAAGUCUCCUCCCUGAUUAGCCUGCGGUGACUUCAUUAGCUAAUCAGGAACAACACACACACACAAAAUAGCCCAUUAGACCCUGUUUUCCCAGGCUCAUCUCAAAAUAUAAGUACCGGGUAUUUGGAUUUUCAGAAUUCCUGAAAAACUGUAAGUCCUGUGUACUUUAAUUGGAAAGUGCAAAAUUAUGCAACAUUAUAAACAAUUAUGUGUUAUAGUGACUAUGUUGUAUUUUUGGGGAUAUAUUUAUUAGCAAUUUAAGACUACAAAUUAAUCUGUGAUAUUUGUUAAGGUUUGCUUAUGGUAUGUCUCAAUUUUUAUUUUAUCAUGUAUGUUUGUAAAAUUGACUGUUAUUUGUGUGUUUGACUGACAGUUUGUGGCACAAUUUUGUGAGUUUUGUUCAAAUAUUGGUAUAUAUCAUAUUUGUGCUAAUUACAUAUAGACAAUGCUUUGUUCUCUGCAAAUUUUCUUUUAAUGAAUGAUUUGUCAUAAUGUUCACUGUAGUGAUUUCAAACGAAAUAUAUAUUUUGUUUUAAGUUGAGCAGCAUAUUUUUGAUAAAAAGACAAAUAAUAUUUCAUUACAUUUAUUAUUUGAUUGCAAUUCUUUCAGAGUAUUCUAUAAAGUUGUCAAGGUUUUCCAAGAUUCAACUAUUUGUAAAAAGUUUUGUCUGAAAUUAAUAAGCAGCCAGUGUUCGUAUGAUCCCAUACGUUAUGUUACAGCUUUUGCACACACAAAAAUUACAUAUAGCAAAUAUCUUAAGCUAUGAGAAUGCGUCUAUCUGAACACUUUAAAAUCUUAUUGCUAGUGGUCACAGAAACAUGAAGACAUGGGGAAUCAAAUCAUGUAAUAUUCUGUAUUGGACAUUGAUGUCAUGUAAUAUAACCAUUUCAAUGUAGUAUUUUAACAAGCACUGAAAAAUCCUUGAAUGAUUGUAGAAUAUACACCUUGUUUGAAAUUUUAGAGCUUGCAAAUGUCGAGGAUGCAUGUAUUGCCUUGAUAAUCAAGACAUUGUCACUGCCUGUCAUGCAUGUCUAUAGUUUUUGUCCCCAGUUUCACCGGAGGGGACAUAUGGUUUGCGCUCUGUGUGUCUGUGAGUCCGUUACACUUUUUUGAAUCCUGAGAUAACUUAAAAAGUUUUUCAUAUUUUUCAUAAAACUUGAAACAUGGAUAGAUGGCAAUAUGGACAUAGUGCACAAAAAUUCUGGUUGCUAUGGCAACAAAUAUUUUUUUUAAUCUGACAAUGGUUGAGCCGGUAGGGGACAUAUAUUGCUUGGCAAAAAGUCUUGUUUUUCCUGUCUUUUUUUUCCAUGCAAGUUUUUUUCUAAGUGGGUGUUGUUUUUUUCUAAGUGGGUGUUCAUUUUUGGAAAUAUUCAAGUCUUUGGCAGGAUUGAACGAUAACAGCACUACAUUGACCAUUCUUUCAAUAGUGAACAUCAUUUUCUUGCAAUUUUCUUUAUUGUAUGCAUUAAAAUGUUCACACUGGUAUGGCUGCAACUAAAAUUACUGUGCAUCCUCAACUGAUGUCAUUCAUGCCAAGCAAAGAGUUUUAUGGACAUUUUAGUAUUUAUAUAGACUUAAUACAUUUAUAAAAACAUAUUAUGGUUAUUAAGAUGUUCUUUAAAGUUCUUCAUUUUAUAUCAUUGAUGAGGUAUGAGGUGCUCAUGGUUAGAUAUUGGUGCCAGUCUAUGCCUGUACAUUAGAUAUUGGUGCCAGUCUAUGCCUGUACAUUUUCUGUUUUCCUGUGUUCAAGCUAAUUACCACUAAUUAGAGAUCACUUUGUACCCAAUCUUGAUGAAACUUGCUUAUCUUGAACAUAUCUAGGCAGAGUUUGAAUCUGGGUCAUGUGCACCCACCAACUAGGUCACCAGGUCAAAUCUAAGAAAGACCUUGUAACCACUCUAGAAGCCACAUUAUGGAUAAAUAUUGAUGAAACAUGGUCAGAGAGUUUAUCUUGACAAUAUUUAUGCUAACUUCCAAUUUUGUUUACAUGCAUCCAAAAACUAGAUCCUACGGUCAAAUUAUUAUACCCCCACAAACGACGUUUAGGGGGGUAUAUAGGAGUGAACUUGUCUGUCGGUCGGUCUGUCUGUCGGUCCGUAUUAAGUGUCCGCUCUCUGAUUCAAGUUAUUUUCAUCCGGUCUUCACCAAACUUGGUCAGAAAUUGUAUCUACAUGAUGUCUAAGCCAUGUUUGAACAUGGGCCUUGCCGGGUCAAAAAAUAGGUCACGGGGUCACUUAGUGCGUUUUAAAUAUUCAGCAUGUAGUCCGCUCUCUAAUUCAAGUAGUUUUCAUCUGAUCUUCACCAAACUUGGUCAGAAGUUGUAUCUAGAUGAUCUUAAGGCCGAGGUCGAACAUGAGCCUUGCCGGGUCAAAAACUAGGUCAGGGGGUUACUUAGUGCGUUUUUUAACAUUCAGCAUGGUGUCCUCUAAUAUUCAAGUAGUUUUCAUCCAAUCUUCACCAAACUUGGUCAGAAGUUUUAUCUAGAUGAUCUGAAGGCCAAAUUCGAACAUUGGCCAUGCCAGAUCAAAACCUAGGUCACAGGAACACUUGGUCAGAAGUUGUAACUAGAUGAUGUGUAGGUCAUGUUCGAACAUGGGCCAUGCAGGGUCAAAAACUAGGUCACGGGGUCACUUAGUGUGUUUUAAACCUCAUCAUGUUGUCCACUCUCUAUUUCAAGUAGUUUAAAUCCGAUCUUCACUACACUUGGUCAGAAUUUGUAACUAGAUGAUGUGUAGGUCAAGUUCGAACAUGGGCCAUGCCGGGUCAAAAACUAGGUCACUGGGUCACUUAGUGUGUUUUAAACCUCACCAUGUUGUCCACUCUCUAAUUCAAGUAGUUUUUAUCCAAUCUUCACCAAAAUUGGUCAGAAGUUGUAUCUUGAUAAUGUCUAGGGCAAGUUUGAAUAUGGGUCAUGCCGGGUCAAAAACAAGGUCACGGGGUCACUUUGUGCGUUUUAAACAUCACAAUGUUGUCCGCUCUCUAAUUCAAGUAGUUUUCAUCCAAUCUUCACCAAACUUGGUCAGAAGUUGUAUCUAGAUGAUGUCUAGGUCAAGUUUGAAUAUGGGUCAUGCCGGGUCAAAAACUAGGUCACGGGGUAUCUUAGUGCGUUUUAAACCUCACCAUGUUGUCCGCUCUCUAAUUCAAGUAGUUUUCAUCCAAUCCUCACCAAACUUUGUCACAAGUUUUACCUAAAUGAUCUAUAGGACAAGUUUGAACAUGGGCCAUUCCGAGCCUAAAACUAGGUCACAGGGUCACUUAGUGCGUUUUUUAACAUUCAGCAUGGUGUCUGCUUUCUUAUUCAAGUAGUUUACAUCCGAUCUUCACAAAAGUUAGUCAGAAGUUUUAUGGAGAUGAUCUUAAGGCCAAGUUAGAACAUGGGCCUUUCUGGGUCAAAAACUAGGUCAAGGGGUCACUUAGUGUGUUUUAAAAAUUGAGCAUGGUGUCUGCUGUUUUUUUUUAAGACGACAUGCAAAAGAUUAUGUGUCAAUGCGGCAUGUGGGGGUAUUCAUCACGUCUGUGACAAAGCUCCAGUUUAAUGUUACUCUUGAUAAUACCUAGCUAAAUAUUCAAAUCUGGGGCAUUUGCGUUCAAAAGCUAUGAAAAACAGGUCAAAUUAGAAACAACUUUUUCCACUUUUUUGGCAUUAUUAAUUACUCAGUUUUGAUGAAACUAGGUCCAAAUGUGUAUCUUGAUAAGGGUUUAAAGCGUUUAAAUGGUCAAGUGUUGUAGAAAUUUUAAUCACCAGGUCAAGUCUUCAUUAAUUGGUGUACCUUGAACUCACGUAAGCGCUUUAGUGCCUUGAUGGCUCUCUUGUUUUCCAUGAUAAGCUUACACCAUUAUUUACUAUUUUCAUAUUGCAAUAUAAUUUGCAUUUAUUAUGUUUUGAAGACAAAUUACAUAUUUCAUAUGAAUAAUGUUUGUCAUAUAAUCAAAUUAAUGAUAUCUAGAUAUGCUGCUAGAUUAAUAAGAAAUUUGCCAAUUAUGAAGUCAAGAAAUUGGGGCUUAACUAAUAUAUAAUAUUUCAUAUUCAUAAUGCAAUUGAAUGUGGUUAAAGUUAGUAUGAAGAUCACUUUUGGUAUAAAGCCAAGAGAGAAACAACACAUUUUGGUGCUCAUAGUAUGGUACCUGCUGUGCUUAGAAAAGAAACUGAGUUUGGGCACAGUAUAAUGAAUGACAGGGUUGAUGAUUGGAAGAAUUGAUAUUUGGAAAACCAUUAAGCUGACUUCGGCCUUGAUCUUUCAAUUUGCUAAGUGUAGAACUUGAUUAUAAAUUCAGUUAGGUUUUUAAUUUAUACAUUGUAUUCCUUAUGUUAUUUCUCACGAAUUAAUGUGAAUGUUUUUUUUUAAUGUUAACAAUUUUUAAAGGUUGAAAAUAUGCAACGUGAAGUAUAUCAAUUAAAAGAAGGAUGAAUUUAAACACUGAACUGUGUUAAUAAAACAGUAAAUAAUUUUUAAGUUAAGUAAGCUGUAUAUAAAAUAUAUUCAUGUGUGAGUCUAAUACUCCACAGCUGUGUUGGUGUUGGCCUUGGAAAGGGUUCUAAGCAUUUAUACGCAUCAUUUAAUUGAAUUGUUUUGUAGUGUUGUUAUGUUUGUAUUUCUUGUUUGUAUCUACCUGUACACAUUAUAUGAUCUUUUGGACAACAAUGUAAUUCUUGUCAACGAGUUGGCUAAUUUAUUAUUUAUUUUCAUUACGUAAAUUCAUAUAAACAUAAUUGAGCAAAACUGGUUCUUACAACCUAUCCGACCAGUGAAGCUCCAGAUAUGCCUUUGAAACCUUAGUCUAUGAUGAGGAGGCAUAAUAUCGUCUAAAUUUAAUUUAUGUUAAUUAAGCUUUUUCGUUUUUUUAACUGAAUAUUUUAUUUGAUUUAGUGUUCAAAUUUUAUUGGGGUAAAUUAACUUAUAAAUUAAGCAACAAUAUCUUAUUCUUAUUAUAUGAUACAAAAUCAUGCCAUUUUUGUUUAAUAUUAAGAAUGUUCACCAUUAACUUUUGCAUUUCUGAACCUGGAUUUUAUCACUGUUUCUAAUGUGUGUAUUUGCAUAAUAUCAUUAAUUCUUAUGGAAGAAAUUGUGUAAAUAAUUAAUUAUUAUUAAAAAAAAUCCCCCAUAUUAAGCAUUAUUAAAUUUGUUUCAAAUUUGUCGAGUCUAAUUUACUCAAUAGAUACAGAUUCAUAAAAAAGGUACACGAGUUAUCUUCCGUGCUGCUGUGCUUUUACAUUCUCAAACUACAAUUGUAUCAAUUUGUUCAAAUGUUUUGUUACAUGAAUCGUGAUUGGUCGCUUUUUCAUACUGGUCAAUGGAUUGACUAAUAGGCUUGGAUCUUGUUCAGCACACCACUUAUUUGAGUCAUAAAACACCGAACAUUGUUAGAUCCAGAAUGCUGUUAUAUUCCUGUGCACAUUUAAUAAUUUCAAUAUAUAUGUACUGUGAUUAUGAUUUGCCUGUGAUAUUUUGUAACUAUAACGCUUUAGAAAUCUAAUAAAUAAGCUUCAGAUUUGAAGCCUUAAAUUUAGUAUUCACUCAUAACAUGUAUUAGAUACCGGCUUACAUUUCAUUUUUCAACUUUAACUGCAAAAAUAAUUUAAAUCUCAUUUUAGGGAUUUAAAUUUAUAUUGGACUGUGUUCAAAGUACUUAAAUUUAACAAAAUGUUGGUAAAAUGAUUGUAUUCUUUGACUUUCAUUGUUUCAAUGGAUGUUAGCUUCAUAUACAUUCCAAAGACUUUAUUAUGCCAACUUUAUUUAGUGAAAAAAAAGUCUUCUUCAGGAUAACAUCUAGUUUAGCCUCACUCUUGGAAUAAUGCAUACAAGCAUGCAUUAACCCUUUACCACUUAGAUACGUAUUUUUAGGCAGUUGUAGGCCCUAAGAAAGGCCCUUAGAAGCAAAGUGAAAAUUGCUAUGUGUAAACAGCAUAAAACCAGGACAGCUUGAGAGUAACUCGCGGUCUGUUUAGGUUUUAUGCUGCUCAUCUUUAAUGCUCAUCAGUAUUUAAGGUUUAGAAAAUGAAGCCUUAACAACUUGAAUCUAGUAAGAAUGGUCUUAAAUUAAAUAUAAAUUUCUAACAGAAUACAAAUGCGUGAAAAUAUGUAUCUAAAUGGGAAUGGGUUAACCAAGGAGACACAGAGUAAUGACACUUGAAAUAUCAUAAAUCAUAAACAAAUCAUUAAAAAAUUAAAAAUGAAGUUAGAUUUUCAUUUGCUCACACAUGAGUCCAACAGUUGAAUCUGAUUUUCACCAAUUUUCACCAGAGAUUUCGUUGGACUGAGAGGGUGCAUACUUAUUUUGCAUGCAAUUCUUUUAUUGUAAACUUCAAUAAUGAUGUUUGGUGGCCUUAUAUAUGUUUAAGUUAAUGUGAAUGACUUAGUUUCUGUUAUAUGUGAUUUAGUUAUCAUAUUGUAUGUAAAUGGUAUUUUGUUUAACAAAUUUAGAACACAUUUCAUGAAUAAACUGUUACAAAUG